AUGCCACGUAAGAGAAAUAACACGAAAUUUACUAGAAAAUAUCAAGAACAAACAGGUCCAUUAUCAUCAAAUAAUGAUGAUGAUAAUAAUAAUAAUCGUGCUAAUGUUAACCCAUUAUCAUUACCACCAACAAGAUUCGGAUACGAAUUGUUGCUAGAUCAGUACAAAAUGAUUAUAGAUGAAAAUAAACGUUUAAAAAACCAAAUCGAAUAUCUUGAAAAACAGUUGAUGGACAAGGAAAAAGACGAUACUGGAAAUUUUCUACUUCGUAUACCUCGAGUUGCAUAUAAUCAAUUAAAUGAAGGAAAUGAAGCAGAAGAAGGAGAUGGAGAAGAAGCAAAUGAAAAUGAUGGAAAACAACAGCAACAAGAAGAUAAAGAUAAAGAUGAAGAAAAGAAAAAAAACGAAUUGAAAAAAAAGAUUAAGAAAAUAGCAAAUGUAUUAGGUUUAUCGUAUAAAGAAUUAAAAGGUUGUAAAAAGAAGCGGAUCACAACAACAUGUCGCAAGGUUAUCAAAGAGAUAUAUCAAUCACGUGAUGAACGGGCGAUGGAACGUAUUAAGACCAUGUGUCCAAAUAAAGUUCGGGCAAUUCGUUGUUUCGCCCGAUUAAUGCAUCAAAAACAAAAAGAAACACCAACUUACAUUCUGAAUAACGCCAUGGGCAAUGUUUUUGCCAAUGCGCGUCUAUAA